AUGUGGUAUAUCUCUGGUCCAAAUCUGGCGCAGAGGGCUGCUCGUCACGCAUGGGUAGGGACUGGCGAAGAGGCCGUUGCAGACGCUUAUGCUCGAGCUGGGGAUGAGAAAUAUCCACUGGAUGUACAGGACUUUUUAAAACUGUUGCGACGAAAGUAUGGAACACUAGUACGAGCUUGGCGAUUUGCGCUGGACACUGACAGUGGCAGUGAACUGGAGUUCUGUGAGUUUGUGGCAGCAGUUCGUCAAAUGGGUGCAGGGCAGAAUGCAAGAAGCCUGUGGUUCAAUCUAGAUGUUGAUCAAAGCGGCACACUGAGCCUAUACGACUUGGACCCAAUCGCAGCGCAUGCAUUGGACAAGUUUCGCUAUUUGUGCACCAGUCGCUUUGGUUCCAUUCAAGCUGCAUUUGCUGGAUUCUUGGACUUGAACAAGUCUGGCAUGAUUGAUUUGGAUGAAUUUGUGGAAUGCAUGGAAGGGCUCGGCUACGAGGCCUCAGUUGCCCAAGAGCUCUUUGGAUUCUUACGCCCCCGACCUGGCAGUCGCCUGCUUAAGUCAAUUGAUUUGGAGUUUCUGCAAAAAUGGGAAGAUGCAAAGCAGGAGAAGAAAGAGAAGGCGGGAACCUUGCACGUGGGCUGGGUGAACCGAGAUCCUUGUGCAGCUGUCCAAUAUCGUCAAAUGGCGGAGAAAUUGGCCGCCAGCGGAGAGGCGAAAGCGGACCACAAGCAACGUGUUUCGGAAACGCCCUUCACAGCAACAGCCUUGGCCAUCGCCAAGGCCACAGCCAAAGCUCAUGCAGGUUGUGCAAACCAAGCCGACGACGCACUUGUCGAGGGAAAAAGAUCUGGUUCAAAGGCACGAGUGGAAUCUCCAGCAACAGCAAGUGCUAUUGCCAAAGAUAAGGAGACGAUUGGAUGCUAUGCUAUGCGGCUGGCUUCAGACAAUGAGACCCAAAGCAGCAGGUUCAUCCAAUAUUUGCUUGAUCGGUUUCAGUCUUUGGCGGCUGCGUGGGAUGCUAUGGACCCGCAGUACACCGGGGAGGUGACAAAGCAAGGUUUCCCUUCGGUGGUUGUCUUCAAGCUGGGCUAUUGCCGAAAUUCUGAGGCUCGCAGACUCUUUGAGGCCUUGCCCAAAAAGGAUGCCCAUCGCUUCACAUGGAGAGAUCUCGGACUAACAGCUGAAGACUGGCUAGAGUUUUCAACCAAGAAAAGUGGGAGGAAUUGCAGCAACGAUUGGAAGCGCAAAAGAAAAGAGCUGGUGAUGGUGCAAGAAAGGCUUUGCAGAAGCAUUAUGAUCGUGCGAACAAGAAAGGCCCUCAAGUGA